AUGGCCUGUCCCAUCACCAUCACCAAAUUCAUCGGCACCAUCUCGCUUGGCCUGUUAACGGGCGUCUCGUACUCCGCUUCCACCAUCACCAUCCCAUCGCUCAGCCUCCUUUCCACCUCAUCCAAUGCCUCCAAGUCGCUAAGCGAAGUCAGGCGCCUAAACCGUAAACAUGGAUUGCGCCUUGCCAACAUUUCCAAUGCAUGUCUUCUCUUUGCGUACAGCGUCUCGCCGAAACAUCGAAAACACCCAUAUUUGAUUUGGAUGUGCGUCAUGUCGACCAUCGGCACAUAUGGAGCCGACUUUUGGUUCCAUCGCCGGCUAGGAUUCAAGGCGUGGGUCUGCAGUGUUGCUCAGGAUACCGGGUAUAUGAGUCUCUUGUGUAACAAGGCCCAGAAAAAGGAAGACGACCUCGUCGUGGUUGAAGCUGAGGAGAGCGUCAACGGCGAGAGUGUCCGGAAUGAAAUGGAUUCGGAACGUCGGCUGCAGGGGGUGCGGGCUAUAUUCUCUGGUCUUGCGCUCGCGAUGGGUAUAGUCGGUCUUUGGGGGGACCGGAGAUCCUAA